UUACUUUACUGUCCCAUUCUGUGAUGAGGAUUCCGUUUCAUUAUUACUGAUACCAUUGGAACCAACAGUGAAGAAAAUGGUCGUACUAGUCACUACCCGUUCUACAAUCAGAGAGUAUCUCAUAGAUGGUAAAAUAGGAAGCCGUUUGUCUGUCAGGCACCAGAGAUGUUCGUGGAACACAACCAUAGGGUCCUCGGGUAUAAAUGUAGAGACUUCAUUACCCAGUGUUCUCUACGUCGAGUCAAGGGAGAGCACUUUCAUUGUUCCAUCUCUCCAGAGUUUGGGGACUGCCUAUGUCGUACAGACGUUAUGGAGUGAAUUACAGACUCAUCAGAAAGGAAAACUGGAAAAACUUCAUAAAUAUACAACUGUGGUUGCAAUUUUUUAUUCAUUGGCACCACGGGACUUUACAACUGUGUAUUUAAAUUUGGAUGGUGCAGAGCGGGUAAUAACAUGGUUCCUUAAGGCCGACACAUACCAUUUUCUUUUGAACAAGGGUGAUUCUCUUUACGUUCGAUGUGACUGUGAUGUUUCAACGAUAACGAUAAAUGGUAGCAAACCUGUUUUUGUCGCUAUGGGCACGAUAUACAAAGAGAAUUAUAUGGAUGUUACCAUUCCACCAUCUAAGGAAGGCUGGGGGAAAAGAUUUUUCAUUGAUGAUGAGAUUAGCUCUUACAAAAUCUUUGGUAAUACCAACACAACACUCGUAGCAAGAAGCGCAAGCAACAAGACAAACACCUUUGACUUUGCAUAUUUUCCGGCAUGCCUCUCCCAACUUCAAAACGAAGGCUUUCCGUUCAUUCUAGAAUUCUCCAAACCAGUGCUGCUCCUGCAAUUCGUUCUCAUUAAGCAUCAUCGGGGCACUUCUUUCAGAACAAAAUAUGUCACUCCUGUUUCUUUUUACUUUCAAACAAAUUUAUUUGAAGAUGUCCGUCAAUUUUGCCUUCGAAACUUUUCUUUUAAUUCUUCCGAAGAAAUUUCCAACUCAACAAAAUUAACACAUCAAAUAAUUAGCAUCGAGGAAGAGCAGUACACAAGUAUAACACUUCAUUUCAACAAUUCCGAAAACCAUUCAGUGGUCAAGAGGUUGCAAAAAAUCCAUGAAAGUCGUGCUGUAUUCUCGGGUUAUAUGUACUGUGGAUCGAACACACGGCUGUAUCCACACCCUGCGGCUUGGCAGGUCCACUCAUGUCAAACUAAUCUGGAAACAUGUCUUACUGAUGUGGAUCCUCCAAGUAAUGACCCAACCUUUACCCAGUUGAUCCACGAUCCUUACAUAGCAGCGUCUAUAGCCUCAGUGACCUUCUCUCUCGUCUCUGGACUUCUAGCUGCCGUUGUGUUUAUUGCCUUGGUGUACUUAGUGGACCAGAUUAGAACUAGACUGGUAGGACCUACCCAUGUAGGACCUCUUAUACCAUAGCAAACUGUAUUUAUGAUUUGU